GUUUAAUAUGGCAACUAAGAAAGCGGAAGUCUCCAAGGCUUCUGGGGAAGAAAAUGGGGAGGAGCUUGAUGUCUUUGGAGACAUACCCCAAGCCAGGUUUGGUCAUACCGUCACACUCGUCAGUAGCUCAAAGGCAGUACUAUUUGGAGGUGCUACAGGAGAUACAGGAAAGUACAUUAUGACAGGAGAUACAUACUUAUUCAAUAUUUUAUCAAAAACAUGGGCAAAGCUAAGUGUCAAAGGAGUUCCACCAAGUCCAAGAGCAGCUCAUCAUGCUACAAAUGUAGAACAAAUGCAGAUGGUUGUCUACGGAGGAGCGACUGGAGGUGGAUCUUUGGCAUCAGAUGAUCUCUUCCUUCUUGAUAUGAGAAAUGGAGAGGAAGAAGCGACCUGGAUGAUAGUACCAGUCGUCGGUUCAACGCCAGGAAGAAGAUACGGACAUACCAUAGUUUUUGCUAAACCACAUCUUUUAGUAUUCGGUGGAAAUACCGGCUCAGAACCCGUAAAUGAUGUAUGGUGUUUGAGCGUCGAAAAAGCACCCUUCUCAUGGACUAAACUCAAUUGUGGAACUAAUGUUCCUCCUGUUAGAGUUUAUCAUUCUGCUGCUCUCUGCUCGACCGGAUCAGCAACAGGAAUGAUGGUUAUUUUCGGAGGCAGAACUAGCGAUUCGAGCGCCCUAAAUGAUACUUGGGGGUUAAGAAGGCAUAGAGAUGGAAGAUGGGAUUGGGUUCCAGCUCCCUAUAAGACUAACAGCGAGAUUCCUACUUAUAGAUACCAGCACUCGACUCUUUUCCUCGGUCCAUUAAUGAUAGUAAUUGGAGGAAGAACUAACACUGUUGGAGAAGUAGUUCCUUUAGAGGUAUAUGAUACUGAAAGUUCUGAAUGGACUGCUUUUCACUCACUUCAAAGAUUCAGACAUGUCUGAUGGGCAGUUGGGUUUACAAUGUACAUCCAUGGAGGCUUCGAACAAGACACUCCCAAUAUUCCUAUCAAUGUAAUCUCCACUAUUGAUGGUGAGAAAUUGUUUGCAGAUAGCGAAAUCCUAUAUGGAAAAAUGAAGAAUGCUGAAAAGAAGGACAGCAAGACAAAAGACAAAGGGAAAGGUGGAUAUAAAAAUCAAACACCUUACAAGUAUAAAGGAGGAACUGGUGAAAAGGAGUUCAAAUUAGCUCAUACCGCUCAUAUAGCUCACUGUUAUAGUAAAGAAGUCGCUCCACAUGCACCUGAAACAGAUUUUUCGAAACUUGUCAGACAAAUUUCGAUUGACAAACUUGAAGAGGAAGCUAAGAAGAUAGGUCCUCCAAUCCCUGGAUCAGCCUCCCAGAUUGUUAAAAAUCCAAAGGAAGCUCUUUGCACUAUGUUCAUUAAUGAUCUUAUUAGACCAAAGGAAUGGCAAGAAUAUCCUAUUCAGGAUGAGUUCAGAUUUAAAGAGACUCAUAUACAUGAGUUAAUAGAAGAGUGAAAAAUGAUAGUAAACUCUCAGCCUAUUGUACUAAAGGUCAAACCUCCCUGCAAAGUAUUUGGAAAUAUCCAUGGGCAAUAUAUCGACCUUAUGAGAUUCUUUGAUGUCUGGAAGUUCCCCGGAGAAGACUCCCAAGGAGGUGAUGUCAGUGCUAAUGAUUACAUUUUCCUUGGAAAUUACGUUGACAGAGGAUCGAACUCUCUAGAAGUAAUCUGUCUCCUAAUGGCACUGAAGGUGAAAUACCCUGAUCAAAUUCAUCUCCUCAGAGGAGCUCAUGAGGAUAAGAUUAUCAACUACGAAUGAGGCCUCGCAGACGAGUGCAGAGCUAGACUCGGUGAAGAUCCUGAUGACAAGGAUUCAGUGUUUCAAAAACUUAAUGACUUCUUCGAGCACCUUCCUCUUGCUGCUUCUAUCAAGAACAAGAUCUUCUGUAUCCAUGGAGGUAUUGGUUCAAGAGUCAAUAGAAUCAAUGAGAUAGAAGCCCUUAAACGUCCGAUUGAAAUUCCAGAAGAAGUGACUACUCAAGAACAACAAAUUGUGAUCGACUGUUUAUGGAGUGAGCCUACAGAUUCUGAUACUGAGAUGGGGGUUGUUACAAAUUCUGAGCGAGCUGCUGGAGGCAAGAGAAACCUCGUCAAAUUUGGCCCAGACAGAGUAGACAAAUUCCUAAAAACUAACUAUCACUUUAUGAUUCUUAGAUCCCAUGACAUCGUAUCAGGAGGAUAUUCCAAGUUUGCUGACGGAAACUGUAUCACUAUAAACUCGUGAACAGACUUCAUUGGAAGUUAUAACAACGAUGCUGGCUUCUUUGUUGUUCAAAAGAAACUCGAAAUAACACCAAAGAUAAUCAGACCUUUGAAAACUACAGAAAAGAGAUGGCAAGAUGAACAGAAAGGUGAAAUCGCUCCUUUGAAAGAUAAAAGUUCAGAUUAA